AGCCCCUUGUUAUCUAACAUAAUGGUUAGAAUACAUUUCCGUCUCUCCCCUUAAUAAUUUCAUGCAUUAACAUCCUCUUUACACACCACACACACACACACACACACACACACGCACACACACACAGAGCAAAAGGAAAAAAAGGCAGCAGAAAUCUCAGCUGUACUUCUAGCCCUUUUAAAAAGUUUGCUCUGUAAAUUGGAAUGAGGUCAGAUUUGGAGCUUCUCAUUGCACGCGGAGAUUAUUAUUGCAUCGGGUUCCAAGCCAAUGGGAAGCUCGGGGGAGGAGCUUGGCACGAGGAAGCGUUGGUUACAGCGGCUGAUUGGCCGUGGCCAAGACUGUGAAAGGAUAAAGAGGCGCGAGGCGGAAUUGGGGUCUGCUCUAAGCUGCAGCAAGAGAAACUGUGUGAGGGGAAGAGGCCUGUUUCGCUCCCGGGUCUCUAGUUCUUGCACGCUCUUUGCUCUUAAGAGUCUGCAUUAGAGGAACUCUGCCAUUACCAGCUCCCUUCUUGCAGAAGGGAGGGGGAAACAUACAUUUAUUCAUGCCAGUCUGUUGCACGAAGGCUUUUUGGCUUCCUACCUUGCAACAAAAUAAUUGCACAAACUCCUUAGUGCCGAUUCCGCCCACAGAGAGUCCUGGAGCCAGAGUCUUUUUUGCUCUGCAUUGUAGGAAAGGGACUAAGUGAUAGAGACUAUGUCGCUUUCCUGAGCUCCUGAGAGAGCGCUCGUGAACUGGAACCAACUGCUUCAGGGGAAGAAAAAAAAAAAAAAAAAAAAAAAAGACUUGCCUGGGAGGCGGCGAGAAACUUGCACUGGAAGCUUCAGCAACCAGCAUUCAAGAAACUCCUCUCCACUUUAGCACGGUCUCCAGACUCAGAGCCGAGAGACAGAGCAAACUGCGGCGCGGUGAGAGAGAGAGAGAGAAAGCGAGAGCCAGAAGGAGAGGGAGGGAGAGACUCUCCAGCCUGGGAACUAUAACUCCUCUGCAAGAGGCAGACUACUCCUUCCCCGCAUCUCUGGGAGACUUUUCCCUCUUCGCCCAACGCCGCCCCGGCGAGGAGUGGAGGGGCCCGCACGGCCGCCGCGCGCGUUCUCCCGCUCGGCGUGUGCUUGGCCCGGGGAGCCGGGAGGGCCCGGCGAUCGCGCCGCGGCCGCCGCGAGGGUGUGAGCGCGCGUGGGCGCCCGCCGAGCCGGGGCCAUGGUGCAGCAAACCAACAACGCCGAGAACACGGAAGCGCUGCUGGCGGGCGAGAGCUCGGACUCGGGCGCCGGCCUCGAGCUGGGCAUCGCCUCCUCCCCCACGCCCGGCUCCACCGCCUCCACGGGCGGCAAGGCCGACGACCCGAGCUGGUGCAAGACGCCGAGCGGGCACAUCAAGCGACCCAUGAACGCCUUCAUGGUGUGGUCGCAGAUCGAGCGGCGCAAGAUCAUGGAGCAGUCGCCCGACAUGCACAACGCCGAGAUCUCCAAGCGGCUGGGCAAACGCUGGAAGCUGCUCAAAGACAGCGACAAGAUCCCUUUCAUUCGGGAGGCGGAGCGGCUGCGCCUCAAGCACAUGGCUGACUACCCCGACUACAAGUACCGGCCCAGGAAGAAGGUGAAGUCCGGCAACGCCAACUCCAGCGCCUCGGCCGCCGCCUCCUCCAAGCCGGGGGAGAAGGGAGACAAGGUCGGUGGCGGGGGCGGCCACGGGGGCGGCGGCGGCGGCGGCGGGAGCGGCAACGCGGGGGGAGGAGGCGGCGGCGCGAGCGGCGGCGGCGCCAACUCCAAACCCGCGCAGAAAAAGAGCUGCGGCUCCAAAGUGGCGGGCGGCGCGGGCGGCGGGGUCAGCAAGCCGCACGCCAAGCUCAUCCUGCGCGCCGCCUCGCCCGCCCCGUCCAGCGCGCCGUCGCACGCGUCCUCGUCGGCCUCGUCCCACUCGUCGUCGUCUUCGUCGUCGGGCUCCUCGUCCUCCGACGACGAGUUCGAAGACGACCUGCUCGACCUGAACCCCAGCUCAAACUUUGAGAGCAUGUCCCUGGGCAGCUUCAGCUCGUCGUCGGCGCUGGACCGGGACCUGGAUUUUAACUUCGAGCCCGGCUCCGGCUCGCACUUCGAGUUCCCGGACUACUGCACGCCCGAGGUGAGCGAGAUGAUCUCGGGAGACUGGCUGGAGUCCAGCAUCUCCAACCUGGUCUUCACCUACUGAGAGGGGGGCGCGCGCGCGCGCGCGGGCCGGGAGCAGAGGGCCGGGUU